AUGAAGCGAUCUUUAUUUUUGACAUCCAUAUACUUAAUUAACACUGUCUUUGUAACUUCGGAGCUGUUCUCCUCAGCCGAGAAACGUGAUGAUUGGGAGCGGAUCGUCGGUGGAACGAAGGCGGCGAACGGAUCUUACCCUUACCAGGUCUCCUUGAGGCUGUACGGAGUCUGGCACUUCUGCGGAGCGUCGCUGGUCACGCCGAGGGUCAUUUUGACAGCCGCACAUUGCGUUGACAGAUUGAAACCGGAAUAUUUCAAGGCGACAGUCGGCACAAACCAGCUACGGGCUGGAGGCACGUCCUAUGCCAUACGAAAAGUGGUCGUCCACGAAAACUACGAUGACUAUAUAAUCAAGAACGACAUAGCCAUAGUGUUUACUGAAGACGAAAUAGAAUUUGGUAGCAAAGUUGAUGCUAUUGAGCUGAACGACGAGCCAGUUGAGAAGGGAGAGGAUUUGGUACUGACCGGUUGGGGCACGACCUCUUAUCCCGGUCGACUCCCGAAUGAUUUGAUGGAGAUAGACCUAAAGGCCAUCACCUAUGAGGACUGUAAGCAAGCUCACGAAAGCGUCAACGCUGUCUUCGAGACUCAGAUUUGUGCUUUAACUAAAGCUGGCGAAGGAGCCUGUCACGGCGACUCAGGAGGACCUCUGGUCAGGGAAGGGAGACAGGUUGGCGUGGUGUCAUGGGGCAUACCUUGCGCGAGAGGCAAACCUGAUGUAUACACUAAAGUGGAAGCAUUCAUGAGAUGGAUAGAGAAUACUCUAUACGAAGACGACGAAGAUCACCUGAAAUAUUUAAACCGUAGAAAAACUAAUAGACACUAAUGUUCUUAUUAA